CACAAUGAUGACGAGGGACGACAAUAUCAUCCGGAAGAUGAAACAAAGAUCCAAUUACAACACCUGUAUCCAACUGGACAGAAUACUAUUCAAAUUGAGACCUCCACACAACAAUCCACCAAAUCUCCACCGAUAUCCGUACGUAAUCCUUCAGGUGUUUGUGCAUUUGCCUAAAAGAGAUAUUCAUCAGUGGAGGUUAUUAUAAGUUCAUAUCACGAGUUUGCAGAGAUAGCAGUUGAAGACAGAAGCUAUUCUCCAUUAUCAUAUGUUAAAGAUGAACUGCUCUGCCCCAUCUAAUGUAUACACCAAAAGUUUGUUUCUGAAUCAUGGGAAUCAAUCCCUUAUAUCAACCAAAGCUGGAAACAGAGGAAACCCCAGCCGGAACAUGCUAGGAUUUGCACGAUUGCAUAAUUCCAAUCGGGGUUUACGGUCAACGUGUUGUUUGACCAAUGGGAAUGGUGGUGCUAGACAGUUGAAUAAUCAUGGAAUUACAGGCACAGAUGGACUGAUUAUUGUUGAUCACGGUUCUCGCCGAAAAGAAUCUAAUCUUAUGCUAAAUGAGUUUGUGACAAUGUUUGUAGAGAAAACCGGGUAUCCAAUUGUUGAGCCUGCUCAUAUGGAGCUGGCAGAACCAUCAAUACGAGAUGCAUUUCGUUCGUGUGUUGAAAAAGGUGCAGAUCGUGUGAUUGUGAGCCCAUUUUUCCUGUUCCCAGGGCGACAUUGGCACCAGGACAUCCCUUCCUUAACCGCUGAAGCUGCAAAAGACUUUCCGGGCGUGUCAUAUAUGAUAACUGCACCUCUUGGCCUGCAUACACUUCUUGUGGAUGUAGUGGAUGACAGAAUUAAACAUUGCUUAAGCCAUGUAGCUGGAGAUGCAGAUGAGUGUGCAGUUUGUGCAGGAACAGGAAAAUGUCAUCUUUACUGAAUUUUUUUAAGAUGUAGGCAGUAAGUUUUUUUUGAGAUGUUACAUAAAAAUCUGUAAAACAUCAGGUUCCUGGUAUAUGAUUGGUUUCAGAUCACUUAGAAAACGAACGAUGACGUAUUUUAACAAUACGCCUCUUUCAAGGCAUACUGAACAAAUGAAUUUUAUUUUGACGAUUCA